AUGUGCACCAAGCUGUCGCCCGCCAAGGUGCUGCUGCUCGCCGUCCAUCUCGCCGCCCAUGCUGACCUCGACGGCUUCUCCUUGCUCUCUAGUCUGCAUCCGGCAGUACUUCGCAAAGAUGUUCUCUUGCGCAUCCUCCUCACCCAUCUACCCGAGACGGUGAGGCCAGCCUCAUACGUCAGCUUUCUGCUCGACAUUGCCGCUGGCGACUUGGAACAGCCCGACGCCACGGUUGAGCUCGACCUCUCUCCUAUCAGCACCAUGUCUGAUCACCAGGCUUCUCAAAAGGCAAAGAAACUCCGUCUCGUUCAACUGGGGUGUCCCUCCACCUCAUUCCAAGGAGAAUCCGAUGCGCUGGAAUUGUUCCUCUUUCAACGCGCUCGUAGCAUGGAUCAAGAGACAGGGAUGCUGUCCCAGCUGCCAGACCUCCUCAUACCUUUUGUCAACCACUCCCCACGCUUGCGCACCUGGAUCAUCGCCACAGUCCUUCCCUUCGUCCGAAGAAAUUCGGAGUAUUACAUAGAGACAGCGCCCGCAUACUCUCUCGUCGAGUUUGAAAGCUUGUCAGACCAAGAAGCCGUUCGUCACCUCCUCUCACGGACAGCUGAUGAUGAGCAAGCCGAGUCGAGCCGCAUCACCCGGGAUCUAAGAGGUCUCGUUGGGCCGUGGCUCUUUGACCCACAACGUUGGACGGGUGGACGCGAGGAAAUAUCGGUCGCAUGCUCUGGCUGGAGUGAAGUAAUUGACUGGCUCACCGCCCAGGCUACGAGCUCGUACGACCCCAUCCUGAAAGCCUUUGAGCAGUGGGACGGGCCGGGAGACAUUGACUUUGGCGCCGGUAUCCAAGAUACCAGCCUGGCCUUACCAGAAUACAAACAACGCUUCCUACUCCAAUCAUAUGCUAGGGCCGUGCUUGCUUCAGCAUACCUAGCCCGGGAUGCAACAGAGACAUCCUUGAGCGGCCAUUACCGAAUAUCUGUGAAGAUACGAACUCUCCUGGGAUGUGGUGAAGGAGACUUGCGCUUGGACGAAGCUCUGUUCGUUUUGCCCGAAAUGUUCGUCACCGAGGAGCUGCCACCAUCCUUCGUCGAAGCAAGGACCGCAAGCUAUUUGAGAAGCGGCCUGCUUCAGCCGCAGAAUCCUCUCACGUCGGCGACUGCUUCUGCAACCAGCUUGCUGGUUGCACUCGUCCUGAGCGCACUUAUUUCAACGCGGCUUGGGGCUCCUUGCACCAUCAAGAGAGCUUGUGGUCUCGUCUUUAGUCAGGACGAGAAGGAGCAGAGGGGCGAGUUUGGCAAGUUACUGCAUGCAAUCUCGAACAAUGCGCCCAAGGACGACGAUGAAUAUUGGGUCGAAGCAAGACGCGCAGUCCUUUGGCUUCGGCGGUGGGGAUAUCCAGCCAAGUCGUCCAAACCUCACGUGGGUGGCAUCCUUUCCACGGUUUCCAUCGACCAUGUCGAAAGCGAAAUGCUCAAAGUCUUGCUUGCCAAAUCAAAAUAUGCACUCGCAAGGAGUUUAUACGAGGACGGGGCCGAGAAGCCAAUAGGUCCGGAAAUGAUUCAUGAGGCAGUAUUCCAAGCCGCAUUGAACGCUUACGAUAAUGCCUCUAACCCCAAUCGAAACCGAGGUGGCUUGAAGCGAUGCAACGACGUUCUGCACAGUUUUCCGAAGACUGUGGAUAUGUCUCUGCCUGGAGCGCAACGAAUACAAGCGUUGUUGAAAGCCACACAUGGCCUGAGUGAAUAUCGCCUAGUGUUCAAGCAAGGCGAACCGUUUAGCCCAGUACUCCUGCGAAUUCACUCCGACCCCCUCACUGUCAUCGACAAGCUCUUACAGCAGAACCCGAAAGCAUACACACGUCUUCAGGAGUUCUUGGAGAUGGGCAUCAGCAUGGUGCGCGCCGGCCUGCCAUCUCGGAGUGGCUCGGGUCAAGCACGUAGCUCCCAUGGUCCCGACCAAGACGCCGACAUGCUAAUUGCCGAGAGGCGCAUCACAUCCAUGUGUGUCGAGGCUGCGCUGAGGGAAGAUGACUUCGAGACAGCAUACUCGUACGUAAUUAGCCGCCUGAGGACGUCUCGCCACGAAGAGGCGGAGGAGUCAAGCGAUGAGUGGUCAUGGCAGGCUGCUCUCAGCGCAGGACAGUAUGUUCGCACUGAACGGUCACAGCUGCCAACUCACCUGGGAACAGCACGCGGCAAUUUGGAAGUUCGGCACCUGGAGCAGCGCAUAGAGUGCCUGGCAACCGCGCUGCGAGUGGCGCCAACGUGCCAGCUCCAAGAGAUUCUCAAGAGUUUCCGUCGCUGUGAGGAGCAACUCGACUCGGCCAUCAAGGAGGAAGCGGCCAACGAGGCGAUGUGGGACUCGACGGGUGGCUUGUCCGACGUGCCAGGUGCAUUUGAUGUGCCAGUCCCCGGGGAUAGAUACCCACCGCGUAACCUCACGGCCACGGCCACGGCCCGGCAAGCCGAAGAAGCCCCCAUGUCACUAUUCGAUCUUUCCCGGGCAACUGCCAGGCUCGCGCAGCGUAACUUCACCGCUACUCCUGGCCUGCCGAGUAUGGUCGAGGAAGCGCCGGCAGGCUCAAAUGGGGAUGAGUCGGUCAAUGAACCCACUCAUGAAAGAGUCAGGAAGAGGGAUCAGCUGAGAGAAGCUGCGACGGGGACACUGGUUUCCAGCGUUGGCUGGCUGAUAGGGGCGAACAUAAACCAGGGGCAAACGGAGACUAGGUAA